AUGCACAUGACUUCCACCGGCCAAGUCCGUCAACCAGUGGAAUUGAGCAUGGGAACAUUUGGUACAAACAUCAACAAAUCAACAAACAAUACUUCAACCAACAAUCUUGUUCCCAUGACUGCAGCUGCAAGUGUUCAAAGGCAGUAUUACAUUAACUUUUUGCCGCUCUCACUUUUGAUAGUGCACCUUAAGCUUUCUAUAUCAUUUGUUGAUUUCAUUAUUCCUUGGUUAUUUUUCAAACUGAUUAGAUGUGAAGCCAUAGCACAAAUUGUUGUCAGUAACGCAUCAUUACUUGUUUCUCAAGGAAACUCCAGCAGCAUGCCUAGCCCAAGACAUUGGAUUUUGCAAGACAUGGACUUUUUCAACCUCCAGAACAAAGAUGAGAUGCUUAUUGAUGAACAUGAAUCCCAAAUCAUGAAAACGGGAGAGAUGGAUGAUGUCAGCCUCAAUAACAAAGAGGCAAUCCUCAUUGACCAAGACAUCACAAACAAUGAUAUGGACAUGUUCAGCCUUGACAAGGAGGAUGUGAUGCUUAUUGACCAAGAUGGCUCAAACAAUGGAGAUAUGGACGUCUUCAGCCUUGAUAAAGAUGAUGUCAUGAAUAUUGAUGAGGAUGAGAUUAUGGUAUAG